CACCGCCAUAUUUAAGGUCACUGAAUUCAAGCGAGCCGUCAAGUGACAAGGAUGAAAAGCAAAUCGAUGAACAGGUAAUGACCAGCAGGCAGGCCCUGCUGUUUCCCGUUUUUGGCAGCUUGUUUUUGUUGGCUUCUUUUUUUCUCUUCGACUCAUUACAAAUUUUUUUCACCCUGUUUACUACAGUUGUUGCCACGGUGACGCUUUCAUAUCUACUUCUGCCGGCGAGCCAAUUCAUUUCCAAACCAUGCUGCGAUGCGCGCAAGUAUGGUUUACGUUUGCAUUUUAAUUUUCAGUGGCCUCUUUGUUCAUUCAGGAUCUCAUUCGGCAAGCUCGGGAGGUACACGGGGGCUGAGAUUCUCUCUCUGUGCAUCUCGAUGGUAUUGGUGUUUUUAUGGAUUUUGACUGACCACUGGCUGCUCAUGGACGCCUUAGGAAUGGGUUUGUGUGUGUCAUUCAUUGCCCUGGUGAAACUGCCCAGUUUGAAAGUGUCGACGCUUCUGCUUUGCGGACUUUUGGUUUACGACCUUUUCUGGGUAUUUUUUUCGUCGUAUAUUUUCAACACGAACGUCAUGCUUCAUGUUGCUUCAAAGCCCGCUGAAAAUCCGAUUCACACCGUGGCACGCAAGUUGCAUUUGACGGGCGUCAUGAGACAGUCGCCGAAACUGUCGCUCCCUGCCAAACUUGUCUUCCCGAGCUAUCAUGAUGCCACACGAUUCACCAUGCUAGGGCUGGGGGACAUUGUAAUGCCCGGUUUACUUUUGUGCUUUGUUCUACGUUACGACGCCUACAGGAAAAGUAAAUGCUUAGACCAAACCAGCGGUACCUGGCAGAGAAUGACGUACUUCCACUGCUCACUGAUUGGAUACCUCGUAGGUAUGUUCAUUCAGCAGUACAUUGCUUCUGCUUUCUAAGC